CUGCAGGACACGGACCUGAUUAUGACCUUCAACAUCUCCAUGCAUCGCUCCUGGUGGAUGGAGAACGGCCCGGGGUGCAGGGUGACCCCCGUGACCCCUCCUCCCUCCUGGGCCCCAGAGGACCACCGCUACAUCAGCAUCGCCGGCUGCCUGCUGGAGUACCAGUAUGUGGAGGUGGCCCACAGUUCCUUGCAGAUUAUCCUAGCUCUUGCUGGGUUCAUCUAUGCCUGUUAUGUUGUGAAGCUGAUUUCAGAAGAGGAGGACAGCUUUGACUUUAUAGGAGGGUUUGAUUCGUACGGUUACCAAGGGCCGCAGAAGACGUCACAUUUGCAACUACAACCAAUGUACAUGGCAAAGUAAAAGGACAACUGCCUAAUCAGCCAAUCAAAACAACGAACUGAACGAACUGAUGUUUGGACUUGUCUUUCUACAUAAAUAUCUUAACAUGAUAGUGUCUUACAAACAGUCGGAGGAACACAGAACCGACGCUUUAACUUCAAAGACUCCAAGUGGAUUUUCUUUGUCUAUGCCCAGAGCACUGGCUUCAGGCGAGAGAGAGCCCUCGUGUGGAGAAACCCCUCAGCAGACUCUCAUCAUUGAGGCCAUUAGCAGUGCAAAACGGAGGAGCAGAUUGAGCGGAAAUAUCUGCAAUAAGAAAGACAUGGAAUCGUGCAAUGGACCGAGCGGAUAUAGUGUCAGUGUCUCCAACUGGCUUUCACGGAAACCAUCCAUACUUAAAGAAUGUUCAUUAACUAGUCCGUAUGAUAUUAGUUAUCUACUCCUACAAUCUUUCAAAUGGUGACUGGAGUCGAGAGUCAUUAUUCCAGUUGUGUUUACAAAGGGUCAUUCCAAGCACUGGAAGUACCGUCGAUGUUUAAUUGCAUCCCAAGUAG